UCUUCAAGAUCCUCAAAGAAUACCUUGAGACGUUGGUAAAAUUGCAGGAGGUGGUGUACAGUGAUGGCAGCUGCACCAUCACUGUUGUUACUGUUCCCGCUGCUCACUGUUCACUACACAGUCUCCGACACACUCUCAGAUAUGACUUCGGUAUUGGCAGUGAGUGGAGGUCGAGCAGAACUACCCUGUGUUCCCGUACCCAGGAUACCUGAGGACCAGCCACUCCUGGUACUGUGGUACCUCUCCAGCAACACCCGUCCUAUCUACAGUUACGAUGCCAGGGCAGGAGACUUCGAGACUGGCGAUAGGUGGGCAGAUCAAGAGGUUCUGGGUGGGCGGGCCUUCUUCGCCGCCCACGCCAGACCACCCACGCUAGUGCUGGAGCCUACCCACGCCCACGACCAGGGUCUGUACACCUGCAGGGUGGACUACCGUCUCUCGCCCUCCACUACCUCCCUGGUCAACCUCACGGUCAUCAUUACCCCUGGACCGCCCGUGGUGUUGUGGGGCGGUGUGGGCGUAGUGGGCGGCUUGGGACCUCUUGGGGAAGGUGAGCGCCUUCAGGUUGUGUGUCGUAGUGUGGGCGGCCGACCCCCACCUGUUUUGACGUGGUGGUGGCGGGGGUCUAAGCUCCCCUCCCAGCUCACAUCAACCACUCCCAACACAGGAGAAGCCACGGUGGACGCGACGCUGGUGGUGGUGGCAGCCAGGGAGAUGCAGCGUGCUACCCUCACCUGUCAAGCCCGUACGACCAUCCCAGCCCACCACACAGCCAUCCCAGCCCACCACACAGCCGUCCAGCCCACCACACAGGUCUUGCAGCCCCAUUCUGUCUCCGUGACGCUCAACAUCACCUUGCCUCCGCUAGAGGUUAAAAUUCUUGGCUCUGGAGGUCCUGUGUCCGCUGGUAAGACAGUGAAGCUGGUGUGCCGCUCCGUGGGUUCCCACCCGCCGGCAGAGCUCACCUGGUGGAGGGCACACACUCGCCUGAAGCAGGUCUCCUACGCCCUGGAGGGCGGAGGGAACGUUACAAGCGCGACGCUGACGCUGGCGGUGACGCGGGACUUGGACGGGGCGACGCUGGUCUGUACUGCCGCCAACCCUCUCCUGCCGCACGCCCCUCUCGCCCACUCCGUCAAGCUCGACGUCUUCUACACCCCAGUAGUGAAUCUUUCGCUGAGUCGUCAUCUGGACGCGAGUAUCAUCAAGGAGGGUCAAGACGUCAUCUUAGAGUGUUCUGUCCGUGCCAAUCCCGCCAUCCAUCGCGUUGACUGGUAUCACAAUGUACGUCCCCGGGCGCAGUACCUCGCCUCAGGAAGAUCAACCGUUCCUGAUCGGCUCGACACGCUGCCUGCUUACAACUACAGUGGCUGGCAAACCACAGUCUGUUCACUUACUGGAGGUCCGCCGUUGAUUCCUGCGCCUGCGCUGCGUCAACAGCGCUCAACACAAUUAAUACAUAAAGUAUUUUUUUUUUUCAUUGAAGUGAAAGUGGGUUUUAUGUCGUCAGAUGCGCCAGUGUGUGCUGGGGGCGUGAUGCACCGUGUGCAGGGUGCCACCAGGGGCACGCCCACAGUGGUCACCUGCAGGGUGGAGGCCCUCCCUGCCCACACACUGACGUGGGAGUGGGCUUGGCUUGUGGAGGACGGUAGUGAGCUUCCCCUAGCUGAUGAGGAUAUACGAUGCGACGGUCUGGCCUCCAGUGUUGUGGUGACGCCUCUCACCCCGGCGGACUAUGGCAAGGUGUUGUGUCGCGCCUCCAAUGUUAUUGGUCGCCAGCUGGAGUCGUGUGUGGUGACACUCGUGCCAGCUGGGCCUCCAGACACGCCCACCAACUGCUCAGCCACCUCUACUGACGCCGCCCAAGACGACGCCCACACCUCGUCACUCACCGUCAUCUGCUACGAGGGCUACAAUGGUGGCCUUCCCCAGGAGUUCCUGAUGGAGGCUUGGCAGGAGGGAACACUCGUGGCUAACAUUACCAGUGAGUAUCCAGAGUGGGUCGUGGACGGUCUAGAGUCUGGCUCCGGCAUCACUCUGAGGGUCACCGCCCUCAACGCCCGCGGCAGGAGCGACGCACUGCGUCUGGAGGCGCAUACUGCCAGCGCACAACACCGCGCUGCGCCAGAGUCUGAGAGUGAUGGUAGUGGUGUUGCUACUAUGCUGGGAGCAGUGGUGGGAGUAGCUGUGAUGGUGGUGGUGGUGCUGCUAGUGAGUGUGGUGGUUGCUGUGCACGCUCACCCUCACAGGAGGGGCGGCCACACCUUGGUGCUGGCACCUGCCGGUGAGGGGUGGGAGUGCCAGGACCCUGACCUCGUGUCCUCCUCACAGCGUAGACAACGCAGUGUGGACGUGCUGGCCGACGCACACGGACAGCGUGAACCACUAGUGCACGUACAUGCAGACACCCUCACACACGUACAAGUAAAUGGAAGAGUUAUAAACAGCUCAAAACAUGGACAAGCGGAAUCACCACUACGAGAGAGUAACUCCAGGAGUGGGUCCUGCAGCAACUCCGCAGAAGGUAGAGCAGCAGCAACACUAGCAGCAGCAGUAACACCAGCGGCAGGACCAGCACCAGUACCAACAACAACAGCACCAGUAGCAGCCAAGGGGAAACAGCUGAGUGUAUUACCUCCCACAGCUGAGUUAGUAGUACACCGGACAUCGACGUUCUGCGCAAGGAAGCUUUGUCAGCAGCCCUACACAGGGAAUUCCCGCUUCAGCCAGCGUCAAGGAAAGUCUUGUCAGGCAGCUCUCAUCAGGGAAUUCCCCGCUUCACAGCCCAGCGUCAAGGAAAGUCUUGUCAGGCAGCUCUGCGUCAGGGAAUUCCCCUCUUCACAGCCCUGCGUCAAGGAAAGCCUUGUCACGCAGCCCUGCGUCAGUGCCCAAGGAGUUCACAGCUCUCCAAAGGCGUGUAAAAACAAUAAUUGCACGAAAAAACAUCCAAAGGCGCGUGGUGAUAGAAAACUUGUGCGAUUUAGUGACAAUAACAAAGAGGUGUCAGAGUGUCGACAUUCCAUGACUGUUCGUGAAGAGCCCAAGGCGGAUUCGGGAAAUAUGGCACCUGAGGAGGAUACGAGUUCUGCUAUUUCUAAUGUUCAGAGGGGCAAAAAAGCUUCGGAAUUAACGCCACCACCGAAGCCACCAAGAGUGUUCAACCAGACUCGUAACGGCGAUGGAGAUAUUCAACCAAUGGCUGAUCCCUCAGUUAGUAGGUCCCAGCACACUCCAUUUCCUAGAGGGUCCCAGGAUUCUCCCGUCCAUAAUGGAUCCCAGCCUAUUCCCGUACCUGAAAGGUCCCAUCCUACUCCCAUACCUGAGGGGUCUCAUCCUACUCCCAUACCAGAAGGGUCCCAGCCUACUCUCAUACAUGACGGGUCCCAGCGAACAAUCAUCAAAAUGGCGCCACUAGCCGAAGACGAGGUGCGAGACGCUUACUCCAACUGUCCAGCAAGAAGCAAAGGUGUCGAGGACCUCGAGUAUUGCGACCCUGGUAUAACGGAGAGCGCAAUGUGA